AGCUGUGAAAUAUUCCAACAGUGUCCCCAGAUCUUCCUAAAAGCAGAUCAAGGAACAGAGAUCAAUGGUGUCUCACUUUAUACAUGAUCUGCUUUGAUGCGGGUCCUCAUCCUUUCCCUUCUCCCCGUCUCCUCCUUCAUCUGUCCUCAUCGCAGCCUUCAUCUGUGCGCGCCGCACAUUUUAUCCCAGCACCAAGCAAAAGCAGCAGCAGCAGCAGACACUUAUCCACACACAGAGAACAUUGUGCCGAGGACGCUCCAGUCAGAGACAUCUGAGAGAAAGAGAGAGAGAGAGAGAGAGAGGAAGGGAGAGAGAUUCUGCUUGGCACACAGCGCCCCUGUGGCAAUGAGACUUUGACUGACUGGCUGUCUGACGGAGGAUUCUGGAGGACAACGCAGCUCUUCUAAUCCUUUUCACACCCUUUUCUGUGUCUCGUAUGUCAUUUCGGAGACCUCUGAUGGUUUUCUAGCCUCUUUUCGCCGCUUCUUGCCACCUCAGCAUCGGACUCUGCUUUUUAUUCCGCACCUCUCUUCCUCCAUCUCCUUCUUGACUGGCCGAACCGGGGCUGAUUUCAGCUAACCUGGGCCGGGCCGAGGGGCUUUUCGGCGAGCCUUAUAGCUGAGAUUUGGCACACGAGAUGUGCGCUUUGGGACCCGGGACCUGGGCUCUCCCCUCGGUGUGGGGAACCCCUGGCUCGUGGCAGUGCUUCUGGUGGUGGCUCGUGGCGGUCGGGGUGACGGUGGGCUCAGGGGACCCGUGGAUGUCCGCGGAGGCAUGCCCCUCGCCUUGCUCCUGCAGCAGCACCAGGAUCUCCUGCGUGGACCCGGAGCCGGGGAUCAGCUCGUUCCCGGUCCUGCAGAGCGAGGCGGAGAUGGAGAACAUCACCGACAUUUACAUCGCAAACCAGAGCAGCUUCUCCUCCAUUAAUGACAAAGACCUACACCACUACAAAAACCUCAGGAACCUAACGGUGACCAACAGCAGGCUGACAUACGUAUCAAAGCUGGCAUUUCAGAGCAAUUUAAAGCUACAGUAUCUGAAUUUGAAAGACAACAACCUGUCAUCCCUCUCCUGGAGGAUAUUCAAACACCUCAACAUCUCAUAUCUAAUCCUGUCAGGAAACCCUUUGCAUUGCUCCUGUGAGAACAUGUGGAUCAAGCUCUGGUUAGGAGAGGAAGCAGACACUCAGGGGCUGCGCUGCAUUGAGGAUGGAGGAGCACGCAAGCCACUCUCAAGACUGACUUUACCUAACUGUGAGGUUCCAAUGGCCACUCUGAGCCCACCCAAAGUAACCGCAAUAGAAGGGGUUAAUGUGGAGCUCUUUUGUACGACCUCUGGCAUGCCCUCGCCUGAGUUGAUCUGGAACAUGGAACUGCUCACUAACUCCAUGAUCGAGACUUCUGGCCAGUUUUCAGUGCUGCGGCUCUCAAACCUGUCAUCAUUGGACCACAACAAAAAGAUCAGCUGCACGGCUGAAAAUAUUGUCGGAGGGAGGGAGUCCUCUUUGCUGCUGGAUAUACGCUUUCCACCUAAAAUCACAAAACUGAGUGAUGCUAUCCCAGACCAUCACUGGUGCAUCCCUUUCAGCGUUGCAGCAAACCCAGUACCAGAUUUCAAGUGGUAUCUGAACAAUGAAGAGGUGACAGAGGGGGAGUACAUUAUGACCAUGAUCUACGACAUCACAGAGAGAGAAUACCAUGGCUGCCUGCAGCUGGACAAUCCCACACACUUCAACAACGGGCUAUACUCCCUGGUGGUUAAAAAUGAAUAUGGCCGAGACAGAAAGGAGAUUAUUGCUCACUUUAUGCACAAGCCCUAUGAUGGUCCUUCUGAACCUUCCUACUAUGGUCCUGAGGCAGAUGUAACCUCAGAGACUCCUACUCUAGACCCACCUGAGGACAGAGUUGCUGUGUAUGUAGUGGUGGGGAUUGCUGCUGUAGCCUUUACUGGUUUCUUGCUGAUGCUGGUUAUCCUAAAGUUUGGAGGAAAUUCCAAGUUUGGUAUCAAAGGACCAUCUUCAGUGAUCAGCAAUGAUGACGACUCAGCUUCUCCUCUUCAUCACGUCUCAAAUGGCAGCAACACUCCCUCCUCUUCAGAAAUGGGACCUGAUGCAGUCAUCAUUGGCAUGACCAAGAUCCCAGUGAUAGAAAAUCCACAAUAUUUUAGGAGCACCAACAGCCUGCUGAAGACAGACACAUUUGUCCAGCACAUUAAGAGACACAACAUCGUUCUGAAGAGAGAACUGGGAGAAGGAGCCUUUGGAAAGGUUUUCCUGGCAGAGUGCUACAACCUUUCACCUGACCAGGAGAAGAUACUUGUCGCUGUCAAGACACUUAAAGAGGCCAGUGAAAAUGCCAGGAAGGAUUUCCACCGUGAAGCCGAGCUGCUGACCAACCUGCAGCAUGAGCACAUUGUCAAGUUUUAUGGCGUUUGUGUGGAGAGCGACCCUCUCAUCAUGGUGUUCGAGUACAUGAAACACGGAGACUUGAACAAGUUCCUCAGGGCUCACGGACCAGAUGCAGUUCUGAUGGCAGAAGGCCAGACCACAAGACCUGUGGAGCUGACCCAGUCUCAGAUGUUGCAUAUUGCCCAACAGAUAGCAUCUGGUAUGGUCUACCUGGCAUCACAGCACUUUGUGCACCGUGACUUGGCCACCAGGAACUGUCUGGUGGGUGAGAACCUGCUGGUAAAGAUUGGGGACUUUGGCAUGUCCAGAGAUGUCUACAGCACAGACUACUACAGGGUAGGUGUUGGAGGUCACACCAUGCUGCCAAUACGCUGGAUGCCCCCUGAAAGUAUCAUGUACAGGAAGUUCACCACAGAAAGUGAUGUUUGGAGUCUAGGAGUCGUUCUUUGGGAGAUUUUCACCUAUGGGAAACAGCCUUGGUACCAGCUCUCCAAUAAUGAGGUGAUAGAGUGUAUAACUCAAGGUCGGGUGUUGCAGCGUCCCAGGACCUGCCCCAAAGAAGUGUAUGACCUGAUGCUGGGCUGCUGGCAAAGAGAGCCACACAUGAGACUCAACAUUAAAGAAAUCCACGCUCUGCUCCUUAAUCUGGCCAAGGCCUCACCUGUUUACCUGGAUAUAUUGGGCUGAACAUGAAAAGGAUGAAACACAGUUUGGGACAUGUGUGCAAGCUGUGUGUGGGGAUAUAUUUAAAUGUGUAUGUGCAUUUAAAGUUUGCAUGCAUGUGUAUGUGAGCCAAACUGGGCAUAGUGACACUACUGACUAAAGUGUUUGAUGCUCAUGCAGGUGUGUGUGUGUGUGUGUAGGUGCGUGUGUGUGUGUGCAGAAGGUGUAACUGUACAGGAUGUGAAGCUCACUGUAAGGCAAUCAAAAAUAUUCCUUCAACUCCUUCCCAUUCAUCUCUUUCCUACCAGCCAAUUUCCUCACCUUUGUGCAAUCCGACUCAUUCCCACUUCAUCACCGAGGAGACUUUUAUGAACACUGAUUUAACUUUAAAGCUUCUCACUUCUUUUCAGAUGCUUUAAAUUUACUAAGGUUUAAAUGCUAAAAAAACAAAAACAAAAUAAAACUGAUGAAUGUGACUUGAAAUAAAUGGACUUAUCCCUUUGCUGCCUGUGAGACAACAGGAAAUGUUUGAACAUCUGGGAAGUUCAAGACGGAGGAUCAAGAGAAGGAGGAGGAAUUUCUGGAAGUUCCGACCGUUUUGCUUGUAAAUAUGAGACUGAUAUGAGACUGGGACACUUCCGAAGAAAGGGCACUUGAGAUGCCGAGCUGUAAAGACACUGUGUUAUCUUCUUUCACCCCUGUCUGUUUGUCUUUUUUUCCGCCUUCUCUCUAACAUGAGGAUUACCGUCAGCAUUCAACCAGCAGGACUACACACGCAAUGAUCAAGACAUCCGUAUGCAUGUGGGAAAUUGAGCGUGACUCAACGAUGGCCAGAAAGGCAAGGAAAGGUAAACACAAUCUGCUUCCCUGCCUGUCAGAUGAAAUUAGUAGGUGCAUCAAGGAGAUCAUUUCUGGUUGGCCGAUUUCACUGAUGCACAAAACAAUUGGUGACAACACAGCUGCAGCUGACUAAUAUGGUGACAAAAUAUUUCAAACAUUAUGCUGAGGUGCUCACAUGGGCUUGCAUUUUACAACUGUUCUCUGUUGUGUUUUACUUUUUCUCAGGCCUGAGAUUCAAUGAAAUACAGAGCAGGGUAAUAUGAUGACUACUCCACCCCAAACCUUCUAAGCAACAGAUGCUCCACUUGUGAUGUCAAACGCUUGUGUCAGAGGUCAAUUGAUUAAUUUGUCUGCAGCUGUCCGACAAUUGCAAAAUCAGAGUGUUGGGGGAAGUUGGGUGGUGGGUUAGGGAACAUAAAGGCUGCUGAGGGAAUUUGGGUUUUGAAUGGUCAGACCAUGGUCAAAUGUGUGGCUGGCUGACUGUAGAAGGUGUGGUUCAUUUGGUCAACCCCUAUUAAAUCUUCAAAGUUCUCAGCACUCAGGCAUUCUUGAAAACCACAUCUGCAUAAGAGGGGAUAUGCACAAGAACACACCCACACCCAUCUAUCCUGUACCUUAUCCCAUCAUCCCUCCAUCCCCAUACACCCACUCCCACUCACUGAAAGACACUCAAAAUGGACCGAGAAGGAAAUUGAAUUGUACAUGUUUUAUUAUUUGAGCGGUGCAGUGCUUUAGCCAGGCCCCAUCCCCUGUAAUGGUGUAAUGUAUAUUUCAUUACAGCUAAUGGGCUCCAUUAGCACAGUCUCCUCACAGACAUUCAAGACUUAUUGUUUUAUAGCCCAGAAGAAGGGAUGGAGGGAUGGAAAGGUGAAGGAGAAGAAAACAGUUAGGCUCGCUGGAUUUAGGAGCGGCGACGAGGAGGGAUGCGGGCAGAUGUAUUAAUCCGUACUGGAAAGCAAUUGAGAGGAGUACAGAGAGGGAAGCAAGAAAGUAAAAAAAAAGGGACCAGAGACAGAAAAUUCAGAAGGAGAGGGAGAGGUGAGAAUCUCCUCUGGGAGAAAGUGUGAACAUCCAUCAUUAUAUUAUGUUCUUAAGCCACAACUUCAACUUUUUGCUCCAUUCACAGUCUUACAGCUGCCUUUAACCACAGACAAUACACACAACCAACACGCUUAAAUGCAGACCAGGGUUUCUGCAGGGUCUUAGAAGGUAAACAUUUUAUUUAUUUUAUUUUAGGCCCUAAAAAGUAUUUAAUGCAGCCAGGAUUUCCAAAAUCAGGUUCUAAAUUACACUUAGUUUUGUCCUGAAAGUGAACAUUUAUUCAUUCAUUACUUCUUCAACUUUAAUCAACUUUUUUUUCCUCUUAAGAAAUGUAGCAUUCUUUUUGCUACAUGAUUUGUAGAGCAGGCUGAGGAAUUUUGGUGUUAUUACGCUGUUAUAAAAUGUCAAAACCUAUAAUGCAGGGAAGCAACAAGCCCUGGAGGAAGGAAUUCAUCCUCAGAAAUUCAGCUUUCCUCAAAAACCUGUACAAAUAUUCUGUUCUUGAAGUUUGUCCACAGGCUUAAAAUUUUAUAUUUAGGUAACCAACAGGAAGGCAAUUUCUUUUUCAUAGCACCAUUUUUAAACAAGUAAAUUAAAAGUGCUUUGAUGCAAAAUAAAGGAGCAGACGUAAAGAAUAUACCAUUAAAAACAAGAUAUAUAUAUCAAAACUGUCAUACAUUAGCCAUACCCAUGAGCGGGUCUUAGUGGGUCUAGUUAAUACUUGAGUAGCAACUCAGAAAGUAUCUAAGCCCAAGAUCAUCCCAGGCCUUACAGACCACAAACAAGAUUCUAAAAUCUAUCAUUUUACAAACAUGCAGCCAGUGCGGUGAUUUGUGAACUUGUGUGAUUUGACCCAUUUUCCUUCUGUUGGUCAGGACUCUGACAGCAGCAUUUUAAUGAGCUGUCGCUGACUGUCCGAUUUUCACUGAGACCAAUAGAGACAACAUUACAAUAAUCCAAUUUGUAAAAAUUUAGAGCCAACUCAUUAACGACCCAUAGGCUUCUUGGAUGGUCUGUGGUCUGUAGCCUGCAGUCCAGUUAAAUGCUGAUUUCUAAACUUUUAUUUUCAGAACCUAAAAACAACAACUUUGUUCUUUCUUGCAUUAAUAUAGAUCAAAUUCUGACUAAUUAAUUAAUUUAUAUUACAGACACUCUGAUUUUGUGGCCAUAAUGAACUGUGAUCAUAUGCGAGACAGAAAUAUAGAGCUGUGUGUCAUCAGCAUACAUAUAGUAAAAUAUGUUGUAGUACUCUAUAAUCUGAGCUAGGGAGAGCAUAUAGUCAUGAGAAUGGAACCUUGAUGAACUCCACAGGUGUUCGCUCAGAUUUAUAAUUACCAAAUGGCACAAAGCAGUCCCAGUCUGGUUAAUAACAUCUGAACCAAUCUAGGACGUGCCAGACACACCCACCCACCUUUCCAGUCAGUCAAUCAGGAUGUUUUUAUCAACUUUGUCGAGAUCCAGUAAAAGCAUAACACCCAUUUUAGAUUCAAUGCUUUUUAAGAUGUAUGUCAUUUAAAACCUUCACCAGUGUGGUCUCAAUGCUGAUGUGUAGUCAAAAACUUGACUGGAAAGAAUUUAAGAGAUUGUUUUUGUUUUAUCAACAAGGAAUACAUUUGUUGAUGUUUGGCUAGAAAUAGGAUUGUAAUAAUUUUUUUAUUAAGGCCAGGGUUCAUUAAAUUUGGUUUUGUUUCUGCAAUUCUGAAAAUAUCAGUUAUGUAGGUUAUAAUAUACAUUAGGAAGGUAUUGAAGUGUUGUAGCAAGUGCAAAUGCACUGGAGUGACCUGCUAAAAUUUUAAAAUCGCAAAUUAAGUCAACAAAGAUUUGACUUGCUUAUACACUAAUAUAUGUUACAUACAGGUUAAGUUGUUUUUUUAUGUAAUACAAUUUUAAAUCAUACUGGACUUGAGAAAGCAUAUAAAGGUCCUGACCUAAGAUUACCUAUACUUGCAGAAACCCAAGUGGCACUCACCUCAUACAUAUCUGAUGACUAACUCUGAAAAUCAUUGUAACAGUGUACCACACCUCCCUGUCAUAAUUGGGAACCACUUCAAUCCAGAGCUGUGCUCUGGCUUACAUAUAAACUGUAAAUACAGCUCACAUGCAUGCAAGAAAACACAUUUAAUGUUUGCUUUAGCAUUUUACUGGUGCAUAUUUUACUCUUUACGGACAUUAAAAAGUCAUUACCACUGCGGUCUAACUUACAGCCAUUUUAAGUUUAAUACAGAGCAUUAAUUUGAAUUAAUGGGUCUUUUAUUUGUUAUUUAACGGCAGCACUUGAUGGUAUUGAUGUUUGUGGAUUGGAUUUAUUGUUAUCUUAUGUAUAAACUUGUAAGCCUUUUUGUACAUUUCUUUCUAUCUUUAGAGUUGUCUUUUUUGCAACGACAAACAGAAUUUGAAUUGAAUGAUUAUGUUUUCACAAAUGUGUAAAAUAGUCUUGAAUGUUGGGUAUUUUUAUGUCCUGGUCCUUCUUAAUAACAACCAAGCCUGUCCUCAUGGACACUGUUCACUGCAGCAGGGAUGAGUAUCUCACCGCUCGGUCACAUAUGUCGAUUGAGUUUGACAUUUUGCCCAAAUUAUUCUCACCAGAGUAACUAAGAGGGUUAAUGGCUGCAGCAUUGACAGCGCAUGAUAACAGGGUUGAAAAAAAUCUGUCCCUGCUGAAGCACACCAACCACACCCAAAAUACCCUUCACAAAAUAUGACCCACAAUAUCUCUGUGCACUAACAGAGGGCAGGGUGUGUAAGCUGGAAAAAACUGUGAAAAAUAAAUGCAGUGCGUACGGACAGCUCUGAUGUCAAAAGAGUAGCGUACACUGAAGCAGCUCCUCAGCUGCCAGCACUGUUUCUGCACUUACCUGCUAUGUUUGUUUCUUUUUUUUAAAACAAAAAUAACAAAGAACUGAACAAAGUUUGACAGGGGUGAUGUUUUGACAGCGAGCGACGGAGAAGCUUGGUCUGCACAGAUCGGCAGUCUUUGCAUCAAUGCCUAUGAUCAGAAAAAAUAAAAAAGGAAAAACAACAUCUGCUGUGCGACUGGAAACCUCAGACAUGAGGGACUGACAAUCACAGACUUCUCUACUUUCUCUCUAUUAUUCAAGUGACCUACUGUAUGAUAGAUUAUUCAACCAAUUUUUCCUCUUCUAUGCUGCCUAUACUCUAUGUGAUAGUCUUCAACUCAAGUCUUAGAAGUGCUACUUUUUUCCUUUCCUUUCUUUUUUUGUAAAAUAACAGCAAGUGGAAUGAACAAGGAUUCAUGUAAAAUGUGAAUAAGCUGCUGGAAGAAAUAAGCAUUGUUAACUGCUGGGACCCAGUCUGUGUCGGUAUUUAGACUGAUCUGUUUUAUUCUUUCACGUUUGAAGCAGAGGGGCCGCUAGUGUGUUAGGUGGCACUCAGUGAAGAGAAAAAAUGAUAUUUAGUGGCCCCGAGGUUGCUGAACAACUUUUGAUCAUUCAUUUCUGGUGUGUGUGUGUUUGUGUGUGUGUGUGUGCAAAGGUUGCACUGAUUUGCAGCAGUCAAACUAAAUCCAAGCUCAAACGUAAGACUCGACAUAUAAAGCAGAGAUACAUUUAUUGUUGCUGUAUGCCAAUUUUAGGAUAAAAAGCUUAAUCGUCUUGUGAGAAUGUGGCUGGUUUUAUGGCAGCUAUGAUUAUUAAAAUAAUUCACUUUGUUUAUAAAAACCCAUAUCAGCAUUCUUUUUGUCUCAAUUUAUCAAAGUCUGGGUUUCACACUUGCAUAUCAGCAAAACCUCCAGAAAUCUUCCCUGCCCCGUUGCUUCACUUCAAUUUUUUUGGCCAGACUCUGUGGCUCUAGGGUGUAUUUCAAAUACAGUAUAUGCACGUCACUACUUUAGAAAUGUUAUGAUCCGUAUCACAUUUAAAAAUACCCCCCCUCCCCCCCUCCCCCACAACCGUAACAUCAGACUGAUUUAAUCGAGCUGAAAUAUCGUAAAGGUCAUCUCUGAGAUUACUUUUGUGCUUGGAUGCUCUGGAGCACCUAGAAGAAUGUAAUGCAUAAAAAUUGCUUUUUUGGAAAGAAAAGAGAAAAUCUAAACUGUGCUUUAAAAAAUGUCUCUUUUUCAAUUUUUUGUUCUGUGGUUUUGCUGCAUCCAAAAUGACAUGAUAAGGGGUCAAUUCUGGAUGUUUUGCGAGUUUUGGAUUUACUGGGCACAAGAUGAAGUUAAAAUGCUUUUUAAAUGCAUAAAAAUAAAAUGAAUUUGAGUGUUUUGCUUCGGCCAAAGCACUCAAAUGUGGCUCAUGGGUCAUGUUUCACAAGGGACACAGAAAAAGUUUCAAUAUUACCCAUUUUUGCCAUGUUGGUGCCCACACACACAAACACACACCAGAUAGAAGCUGGACAGCAGUGUAGCUGCGUGAUGGAAAUAGUAGAAUAUGAUUUAGUCUUGAUGGUGAUGACGAUGAUGAUGAUCAUGUGACUUCUUUCUGAAGGUGGACCAGUUUUGUGAUACAAUGUAAUUAAUAAAAGGUGUUAUGUCACAUCAAAGAGCCUGCAUAUAAAUGUAUAUUUAGGGUGUGUGUGUGUGUGUGUGUGUUCUAUCCUUUGUUACAAUGUAAGGAUCGUUUUUCAACAUAUAUACAACGAUGUGAGGACACACUUCUCCGUAUGUGGCCCAAGGCCUGGGCCCUAUAAGAAGUAGUGCUGCGUUUUGGACUAAGGGUUAGGUUUAGGACUAAGGUGUGAAUUGAGUUUAGGUUAGAUUUAAGGUUAGGUAUGUACUGGUAAUGGUUAGCUUUAGGUUUGGGUUGGUUAUUGGUUAGGGUUAUGCCAUAGAAAUGAAAACAAAAUGAAUAGAAGUCAAUGCAAAGUCCUUGUAAAGAUAGAAAGAUAUAAUACGUAGCAGUGUGUGUGUGUGUGUGUGUGUGUGUGUGUGUGUGUGUUAAACUCAUUUUAAAGGGGAAAAAAAAACCCACAAGAAAUACAAACUUUAAUAAAGAACACUUCAAAUAAAUAACUAAAAUAUUCAAAUUAGUUUGACAUUCAUGGCUAUGAGUGCUUGUAAACUUUUACUGAAACUUUGAGAAGUUUAGAGUUAACAUAAAAAUGAGCACCGUGUUAGACAGAAAAAAAGAGUCAAAGCUGCAUCUUACCUCUAUUAAUCCCAACAUAAAUCCAGUGUCUAAAAUAACUAGCUUGAUUUGUAAAUGAGGAUCAGGCUGAGAGUGUGCAGGGAAUUGUACAAGCAAACUGAACAAGAGGUUUUGUCUAAACCCCAGGUGCAAUUAAGCAACGGCUGAAUGAAUAUGCUCUUUUUACACAGAGCCCUGCAAUUAAUUUUGUAAUUUAAAAAAAUUACUUGAUAGAAAAUGAGAAAUGCCUAAUAUAUUUUCACAUUGGUGUCAGGAUGUGAGUUGGGAGGAUGAAGCUGAUUGCAAAAACAUGAAACACGGCAAACAGUGAGCAUGUAAGAAGAAGUGUUCUUAGUGCAGAGUGGGAAAUCCAUACCUUCAGGUCUUCAGUCACAUAAAUAACAUCUUUGAUCAAUGGUCACACACACAAACAUGUGUGAAGGUAAAAGAAAGGCUGCACGGACAUCUACGAACAGAAGAACUGAAGACAGGUUUAUAAAACACCAGGGCAUUUUUAUUUUGCCACAAUGUUAAAUUCUGCUUAAUGUUUUUGUUACAAUACUUUUUCUUUUUCAGGCUUGGGGCAAUACUAUUACAGUGUUCAUCUCAAUUAAAAGUAGAUUUCUAUCAGUAGUUAUGGUCUAAAAUUACUUUUCUAAGGUGAAGAAAGAUGGUUCUACAUGAGAGUUUAAGAACUGCCCCUCAAUAAUUUUAACCGAUUUGAAUUUUUUUAUCUUAAAUUCUAAAUUUUAUGUUCACUCUAUUUUGUACCUGCACCUGUAGCUUCUUUUUUUAGGGUAUCCUGUUUAUUGUGGUAAACACAUCUUUAGCUCAUGAACACUUUUUAAUGAGAAAACCCUAUUCACAUCUAUUCCUGCUUUAUUAUUCAACAGCUCUGUUUGAAUGAAAAUGUUAAUAUAUUCUUAUCGCUAACAUUUGCGCCCAUUUGUCUACACUUAUUGCAUGAACAAUUAAGCAAACUGGGUUUUUCAAUGUCAUUGUGUCAGUUUAACAAACCGGUACUAAAGUUGUGGAGCUAAAAAUACAACAGUUAAAAAAAUUGUUUAGAUCUAAUGAUUUUCUGAAUUGGGAAUGUAUGUCAACUUGACUUUGGAGGUAACUCAGCCCUUGCCGUGGUUGGAAUAAAAUGUUUUAGAGA